AGACGAUAAAUUUGGCACGCUCUGGAGCUUCAGACUAACUGACUGCUACUUCUCGCUAUAUCGAAUUUUGACGUAAAUAUACGAUUUUUAUUAAUUUUUUGCAACUUUUACAUUAUUUAAGGAAAGUAGUUAUGGUAUAAAACAUUAAGAAAAGUUUCUUUUAAGUUGGAUAUGAUAUAUGAUAAAAUAAAAAUUGUAUAUAUUGCAACAGCUGCAGUAAUUCAACGGAGGAAAAAUGUCCGAACCCGGUGUUCGCUUUGCUUGGAAAAUUUCAACCUUUUUCCCAACAAAGGACCAAUGGAUUAGGGCUCUUCGAUGUAUUCAAUCAGAAGAAAGAGAAAGAAUUGCGAAGUUUCACUAUCAAGUUGAUGCAAUAUCGUCAAUGGCUGGUAGACUAUUGAUGAGGAAAAUAAUAAGAGAUCAUUUUGGCGUGUCCAAUAGCGAGAUAAAGCUAAGUAGGACGGAAAAGGGCAAACCAGUUCUGGAUAUGCCAAAAAAUAAUCGAUUUUCCUUCAAUGUAUCUCACCACGGAGAUUACGUCAUUGCUGCAGCUCAAGUUGGAUCGCCAAUAGGAGUUGAUAUCAUGACAAUAGAUAGUCCAAGCGCCGAAAGAACAGUCAAAGGGUACAUCAAUCUUAUGAGUAAGCAAUUCUCAAAAGACGAAUUAGACGCUUUGAAUUCUUACGAAGGAGAUUCGCAAAAAAUGGAACAUUUCUAUCGUCUCUGGUGCUUGAAAGAGAGUUAUGUUAAAGCAGUUGGUGUUGGUAUAACCAUUCCUUUACACGAAAUAGAAUUCUCUACUCCAGUUAAACGACUUUCUACGAAAAGGGUUGUUGGUGACACAAAAUUUUUUAUAAAGGGAUCUUUAAAAGAUCAAUGGACAUUUGAAGAAAGUAAAUUAGACAUUAAUCAUGUUGCCUGUGUAGCUACUGUUGGGAAUGAGAGGGUUAGCAAUAAAUCAUUACAUCAAGCCAAAUUUAGUGAAGUUAAUUUUGAUGAUGUUGUUGAAGAGUUAGAAAAUUGUAACGACGAAUUGAAUGAUGAAGAAAUCUAUUGGGAAAAGUUCUCAGGAAAUCCACGUCUGAACGUCAACAAAGCCGAUAGAUUUUGUGGUUGUUUCGAAUAA